GUUGCAAGAAAAUAUUUAUAACUAUAUGAAAUUAUUAUUGCACUUUUUGUUUCUUGACCUAGUGUUAAGUGUAUACCUAUGCAAUCCUAUUCAGUGAACGGCGUUCUGUGGAAAGUGGUGGGAGUUUAAGAGGAAUCUCGUAUUUCUCUUCCAAUCUACUCUUCGUAUUUUGUAUUAUUAAAGUUGUGUUUGUUAGUGGACACAGAAACACUUAUCUGUCGGUGGCUUUUUAUCUUUUACUAACAUUUUUUUCGGUGUUUCAAAAAGUUUUGAUUUCGUUUAAGUGUUUAGUGUUAUACGUUAUUCAUAAUUACUUAUAGUUUAGUGAACUUACUGAGUACUUUCUAGGAAUUAGCAGUUAACAGAAGGAUAUUUUUCUAGUGGAUAUCCACCGAAGAGAUAAGCGCAUCUGAACCCAAUGAACUCAAUUGGACCCAUCACUAUAUAAUGUCCUCAGCCAUAUGUCAAAACUUUGUACAAAACGCUUGGAAGAAAGAAUUAUGCUCCAAUUGUUUCAAAUCCAAAGAUGAACACCAAGAAAAACCUAAACCCAAACCAGUUCAACUGAUACCGAGCGAUAAAGUUGAAGGAAUUAUUAAAAACGGCAAAACAUCUAAAUCAAAACAGUCUGUUUGCUUCCAUAAGGAAUUAACUAAAAUUAUAGGAUACGGAGGCGAAGAUUGGUGCUCCGAUACUGAAGAUAAUGUCGAUAAUGAAAGUAGCGAAGACGACAUUAUCUUAGAUUCAGAUGAUGACGAUUCUUAUAAAGAAUUACAAAGAAUUACUAAAGAAAAUACCGAUUUCAAUACGGUAUCUUUAAAAGAUACCGAAGUUAAGAAAUCUUAUACUCAAUUACUCCUAGGCAAACCAUUGAUAGAUGCUUCCGGUAAGAAACAAACAUUACUUGUAUCCGUAACUCCAUUCGGUGAAGAUUCAUCAACCGCAGUCAAAAAAUUGAAUACCAAGAAUUUGUCUCAUAUACCCAUAGCUAAAAAUAACAAAGAAAUAAUUGCCGAAAACAAAACUAAUGUUGUUCUUACUUCAUAUACUAAGAACGAGGAAGAAAAGACAACGAAUGAAGAGAAAUCGUUGCUGGAUGAAAUAUCUGAAACUUUGGAAAAUAGUAAAAACCCCAUACAAAUUAUGGGAAAUAAAAGAGCUCAAAAACAAGUACACAUUAACAUCAUGGAUUCAAAUAAAGAAAAUAUAGAAACGAUUGAUAAUGAAGUAGAAAAUGAAGAAGAGAAUAUGACAAAUAAAAUUUUAGUAUCAGAGAAAAAGAUAAAUUUAUGUCGAACUCCAGCGUUAAAGAAAGACGUCGAAAAACCAGUAAUUUAUCAAACUUCAACAGCUAAAAUCGAAUUGAUAAACGCGAAGAAUCUUAAAAUUAAUAAAGAAAAUAUUAAUAACGCUAAAGUUAAAAGCAGUGAAAAAAUAACAACAACAACAACAGAUCCAAAGAAAGAUAUAAUAACCACUACUAAUUUUAUUAAAGCAGAAAUUUUGCAUUCCAAAGCAAAUAAUCCUGCUACUAAAAUCAUUAAAGACGAAAUUAACACCAACGUGGCAAAUUCCAUAGAAAAAACUAAUGAUAGUAAUACACACCCACCACCUCUUCCAGUUAAAUAUAUACCUUUCUCGCAAACACGUGAACAAGCUGGUAAACCCGACGGUAGCGAGGAUCCCGUUUCCACGGAACUACCUCCUCUACCUAGAACACCACCGCCUCCAAUAUUAGAAUCACAAACUUCCUUUUUACACGGUAUAUCACCUCCUAUAUACGAAAAACCUAAAAUACCUUCCAAACCAACCGGAGUGAUAUUAAGAAAAUCCAUUAACAACUCCCCGGUCCUAACUGUAUAUACAAAACCAAAUGAAAAACCAUCAUUGGUAAAACAAGAUUCCAAUGAUUCAGAAUUAAAAUCUAACAAGAGAAAAGCGCCGUUACCUCCAGAAGAGACUUAUUCGAGAACAUCCAGCGGAGACUCGACUAAAGAUGACGAUCCUAUUUACGUAUCAGCCGAGGUACUAUCGAGAAAGUCGCUUUCCACGGAUUGUUUAGCGGUAGAAGAUAAAAGAAAAGAGAAAAAUAAAGCUAGAUUCUCGUUGAAGAAAUUCCUCCGAAUGGGUUCGAAUAAAGAUAUAUCGAAAUUAAACCCCGAACUUUCUAUAAAGCAAGAAGAUUACAAACUCCAAUCGAAACCACGAUUGGUAAUAGUACAUCCCAGCGAACUGAACGGAACUAAAAUUGAAGUUGUAUCUAAACCGAUUUUAGACCAAACGCUAUGUCACGAAUAUAGCACCCCAACAGGUGAUUACGAAACGUACAACUCAUCUUUCUCCAAGGCGUCUAAACCGCCACCACCUCCAAGAAAUUUCACCGAGAACAAUACUAACAACAAACCGAAUUUACCUACACCACCGAAAUCCGUGGAAAUUUUAAACAAACAAAGACAAUUGAUUCGAAACAAUUCAAAUAGUAAAAAACAAGAAACUGUUUAUGCUAAUAUAGGAGAAGUCAGAUCUUCCAUAGUACCUAAUAAACCCGUCAGAACGGCUAGUAUGCGAGAAAGAGAAGCCGCUUUACAACAAAAACAGAUAGAGAGAAAAUUAGCUCAUAAUUACGAACCGAUCGAUAUAAGAAAAGAGACGGAAAACGUUUACGAUUACAUCAAUUCAACGAGAUCUAGUUCGCCAGAAUCCGAAAAGGGUAGUCCGAAAAGUAAAACUAUUAGAUUGGGUAAACGAUCCGAGAGCAGCAUAGACGUUUCUUCCGAGUACUACAAGUAUGGUAACAUACCUAGGAGUAUGUCUUUAACGUAUUGUGGUAGCGAAACAGAAUCGGAGAUUUAUUCCCCAUAUAGUUUCUACGGAAGCGAAUCUGAGGUGACUGAAGAUGACCAUGAUUGGAUCCAGAACGGUCGUACGCAUAAAUUAAGAUCGAGAAAGGGUAGAAGUAUAGUUCAUAAGAAUCUCGAAGACAAUUAUGGGGCUGUUGUGGUUGCUAAUCACGAAGCUUUGGCACAAGUACUGGAAAAUAUUCAACAAAUAAAUCACAUUCAACCAGCACUCAGAGGAUUGAAAACAGUAUCGAAUUUGAGAUGGACUGAUUUUUCUAUUAAAUCCACCACGCAACCAGUCCUCGUCGGUACAAGAGUAUUCCAUCAAGCAUUAUGGGGUACACACCAUGUGACUCUAUCGAUAACGGCAGGUACUACUACAUCUAGCACCAUGCCAUUGGGUACUUUCAAUUUAACACCAAUUAUUGAAUUUAGUGAUCUUAUUCCUAGUAUUUAUUUAACUCAAACGGAUACUAGUAAAGAGGACGAUAAUAAACAAAUACAAGCAACUGCUCAAGUGUUACCAUAUCUUCAAAUCAAUACUAUACAAACUUACGGUGAAAUCUUGAGGACUAAAUCACAAGAAGAAAGUUGGAGAGACUCAAACUUUGUAAUGCUGCAAUUAGUUAAUGCACUGAAAACGAUACAAGCACAAGGAAUCGAAGAAGUACCCUUAUCUUUACAUACAUUCGUGCUAUGCAAAGAUAUGGAUAAAGAAGGUCACCAUAGACUUUGUGUUCUACAAGGCAUACCGAUGGAUGUGGCUACAAAAACCAAUCAAGAAAAACACGGCACGCUGUGUACGUGUGCUUUGAAAGCUCUGAACCUUCUGCAGCCGUCUCCCAAAAUAACGCCGCUACUACAAUCGCUGCUUAGCAACGAACGCGCUGUUUCAUUGACACAAGUAAAAAGCGUUCUCGAAUUUUCAUUAUGGGGGCCAUCGGACGUUUCGUUGGGGAGUACAAUUAAAGAGAGAGAACUGGCGCUACAGAGAUGGUUGGAUUUGCAACGAGCAACUGUUCUGCACGGAUUAGUGUGUACUAGAGUACAACUGACGGUUUACGAAGAAUGUCAUUUGUUAUUUUUGGUUAGAUCGAAUGCAAGAAUGAUGUGCGAUGCUUCUUUAUUAAUAGAAUCUAGUAACUUGAAACAUUCUGUGGGUUUCAAUCAAAACAGAAUGGAGAAAUGUUUGGGUGCAUAAGUUUUGUUUUUCUCAUUGUAUAUAUCCGUUUAAUUUGUGUUUUGAUAAGGUAUUGUAUGUAGUGAUACAGUAGAUAAAAUGAAGUAACCAUCUUUAACAUUUAAUCAAACCGUAUGUCGAACUCAGUCUACUUCAAUUGUUAUAUUUCUAUAAUACUUUGUAUAUGCUAACUAUUGCUCUAUUAAGUUUCAAAUUAACAUUUGAACGUUCCUUUCUUUCAUUUUUUAUUAGGUUCUCUAUGGCCAUUUAAUUAAUAUUUUACUAUCCUAAAAUGUCUAUCAAAUUAUCUAUUAUGUGAAAUAGAAAUUGAAAUACCUACAAAAAAUUUACAGAAAAAUUUAAAGUAUAUGGAAUAAUGAAUUUUAACAAAAAUCGGAGUCCAAAAAUAAAUCACUAGGAGUAUGGUAAAAUGAUCGAAAGAUCCAAAAGCAAUAAGAUACGAAUUGGAACAAAUAAUAGACAAAGUAAUCGAAUUUUGUUGGUAUAUGUUUAGACGCCAAAUUUCCCUAUUAUUACUUUCUAUCUCUUUAAAUCAGAACCCUAUUCCCUAUGCAUUCUUCUCUCAGUUUGUUGAUUUUGUGUUUUCCUUACCUAUUCUAUAUUACCAAAUAGAUCUGAGACAAAGUAGUUUAAAUGUACUAUUUUAUAACCUAUCAUAACCUAACCUUCAAGUAAUUACCAUCGUCUAGAUCUGAAAGAUCUUGAGUUUCCUUUCACUUCCCUGUUAUAACAUGGUAUUUCCUUAAAUUAGUUCGAAUGUACUAUUUCCAUGAUCACAUUGGAUUAUAUUGAAUUGUAUCAUUCACUAGCACAUUGAGUCGUAAAGAACGAUAUCUUCAAUCAAUUUUACAGUUUUUUCUAUUAGUUCGCCUUCUCCAUACAAAGUAUGCACUUCCUGCUAUUUCUACUUUUCGUCCUAUAGCUUCUCCCUGGCUCUAGUAUAUUUUAUUUUCAUCUAAGAACAUGUCCUAAGUACCAUAUUGUCUUUGUCAACUAACAAAUUUCUGAUUUCCCUUAUAAUUUCCUCAAUUCUAUAUCUGCUCAUAUUCUCUGCUUUUUACUUCUAAUCCUUCAAGGAUUAUUUUAAGCAUUUAUUUACCAAUUUGUUAAUUUUAUGUGUUUGAUACCUACUAGUAAUUACCAUUGUCUAGAUCUGAGAGUUCUUACGUUUCCUUUCAUUUUUCUGUUAUGACAUGAUAUCUCCUUAAAGUAGUUCAAAUGUACUGUUUCAAAGAAUACAUUCGAAUAUAUCUAUUUGUAUUAUUAACCAGUACUUUGAUUCUUAUAUUACCAUGGUUUCAAGUCAAGUUUGCCUUCUCAAUUCAUAGUAUACACAUCCUGCUAGGUCUACAUUGCCUCCUAUAGCCUUUUCCUGAUUUAAGCAUAUCCUUUAUUCAUUUUACAACCUGUCCUAACCACAGUAGUUUAACUGUUUCAAUCAACUGAUCAAUUUCUGAUUUCCGAAGUUCCUCAAUUCUAUAUCUGUUUUCUACAUCUAAUUCUUCAAGGAUUAUAUUAAGCAUUCUUUUUGCCAAUUUGUUGAUUUUAUACAUACAAAUAAUUACCAUCGUCAAGCUCUAAGAGAUCUUAAGUUUCCUUUCAUUCCCCUUAUGACAUGAUAUCUCCUUAAAGUAGUUCAAAUGUACUGUUUCAAUGAACACAUUGAUUAUAUUGAUUUUUAUUAUUCACAAGCACUUUGAAUCUCAAAGAACCAUAUCUUCAAUCAAUUCUCCACGUUUUUUAUAAGUUCACCUUCUCGAUACAAAGUAUCCUCUGCCUGCUAUUUCUACUUUUCGUCCUAUAGCUUCUUCCUGGCUCUAGCAUAUUUUAUUUUCAUCUAACAUGUCCUAAGCACCAGAUUGUCUUCACCAACUAACCAAUUUCUGAUUUCCCGUAUAAUUUCCUCAAUUCUAUAUCUGCUCAUAUUCUCUGCUUUCUGCUUCUUCUUCAAAGAUUUUCUUAAGCUUUUUUCGUACUAAUUUGUUAGUUUUGUUUUCCUUACCUACUCCGGAGAUGGUGAGGAGUUUCCUUCCAACUUGUAUCAACUUAUUGUUCAAUUAUUUCAAGGUAUUCCAUUUCAUUAACCUUCUUUAACCUGCUUGGUUUUGAUUUUUAUUUUGUUUAGAUUUGACACUCCUGUUUGUUUAUUCAAUUCUCAUUAAUACAAAAAAUUAUUUAAAUAAGUAAAAUUUACAUCUAAAAUUCAUUUCUUUUUAUCAUUCUCUCGCACAUUGAGAUUUGUUGAAAAAAUUGCUGAUAAACAACAAACUUUUUCGAUGUUUUCUCCUUCUUUAUUGGAAUGAUUUCAACUUCCACUUUUAAUUGAUAUGCUUUAGCAUUCAUCCUUUAUAUUUAUAUGGUUCAUGACAAUAUUAUUUAUUCUGGUGAAGUUAGCGCCAUCUAACAUUAAAGAAAAUGCACAACUAACACAGGCACAUCACUAUGAAUUACCAUCCAAAAGUAGUACUACAAAUAUGACAUUAUUUCCUUUUGCCUCAUUAUUGACAACUUAAUUCUAAACCGAAAAUAAAAAAUCAUCUAAAUGAACCGUCUAUAAAACAGUAUGGUUUCUAUUUGAAACAUCCUGAAUUCUUAACAGGGAACCUCUAGGAUAUGUAUAAAAACAUUCACUAUAACCAAAUUACUUAAUCAAAAUGUUAAAGUAAAGAAAAUUAGAUUGUCAUCUGCGUGAACCCUCUAUAAAAUAGAUGGAUUGUGGUUUCCAAUAGGACAACCUUUGGAACACAGACCUUUUAAUAAAUUUGAAAAACACUCAUGUAUUUUUACCACCAAAACAUUUGUGUAAUGUGAGUGAGCUAAAGAACAGGAGAUGGUCAUCUGCGUGAACCAUCUUUAAACUAAAGUGGUUUGUGGUUUCUAAUGAGAUAACCUUGGAGAUCUUUUAUCAGAGUACCUCUAGAAUAUAUUUGAAAAACACUCAUGUAAUUCUACAACCAAAUUUUUUAUUCAAAAUGUUGUGGAGGUAAGUAAAAUGAAAUUGUCAUCUGCGCGAAAUGUAUAAAAAAUAAAUGGUUUGUGCUUGUUAGACUGAAUGAAAAAUUCAUCUGCAUGAACCGUCUAUAAAAUAAGUAAUGUGUGAUUUCUAAUAGAAUAACCUCGGAAUGCAGACCUCUUCAAAGGGAACCUUUAAUAUUACUUGAAAAACAUAAAUGUAGUUCUACAACAUACUUGUGAAAUUUAAGUGAGCUAAAGAAAAGGAGAGUGUCAUCUGCGUGAACCGUCUAUAAAAAAUAAGUUAUUGUGCUUGGUAGCCUAAUACAAACCAAUCAGGAAUAACUUUCAAGUAAUAAAAAAUAUUUCUACUAUGAAUACAUUUCAAAGUGGCUUGUAUCAAAUAAUGAUUUAUGAGGCCUUUCGGUACUUUUUUUGCAAUAUUAUAACCUAAUCAGGAUAUUAAAGUGAUUACUUUGAAAGGUAGUUACUGCCCAUAAGUGGUGGUGUAGCGAUUUUACAAAUUAUUAUAUUUUUGUUUAGUCUUUGAAUGAUUUACAUCACAAUAUAAAUAUAUAUAUAUAUAUAUAUAUAUAUAUAUAUAUAUAUAUAUAUAUAUAUAUAU